AUGGCUUUUCAGGUGCUUGGAGGCCUCUUUGCUUCGCCAGCCAGGGCGGCUUGGGGCUGGUUCCUCGAUGUGCCAGCCGGUCUCGGCUUCAGUUGCAGUGAGGGCAGCUCCCUUGGCUGCGCAAGUCCGGCAGGCUGUGAGGACUCCAACUUUACUUGCACGGUCGUGCCCGAUGCAGGCAUGAGCUGCGAUGUCACAUCCACGAACGUCGUGUGUGCUCCAUUGCCGGCGGUGAACACCAGCAGCCACUACAACAACGCGAGCCUGUCUUGGAGCCCUGUCCCGACUUGCGGCACGACCACAACCGGUCAAACGUCGACUUCGGACGCAAGCAUGGAGAUGGUCGGAUUUGUGGCGGCGGCUCUGGCGUCGGCACAGAUGCUCUAA